GUAAAUUCGCUUCAAGAUGGCUUCGACUUUUGCCAUGGGCCUGGGUGUCGCUACUGCGGCUUUCUUGGGUCGCGCUGGUUUCGUUGCUUUGCGUCGCUACCAAGGAGGUAUGAACAGUAUGGGCAAGGCGUUCUACAAAGGUGGAUUCGAACAGCGAAUGACUCGCCGUGAAGCAUCUUUGAUUCUGGAGCUCCCGGAACGAACCCUGAACAAGGACAAGGUCCGCAAGAAGCACCGCCAGCUCAUGUUGCUCAACCACCCCGAUCGUGGUGGAAGCCCGUAUUUGGCCACAAAGAUCAACGAAGCAAAGGAAUUCCUGGACAAGCACGUCUAGGGCUGUUUUGCACUGAGGGACCCAUUGGACGGAAGGACGAUGGGCAUUGGUACUUGAGUAGUACCGCUGUACAAGAGAAUAACUUGUUUGGGUGCAUAGCGUGGCGUUGGUCGGUUUUCCAGAUGGGAUAUAUUCUUAUCAUGCUCCUUUUCGGAGAGUUGUAUUUUCUACUAUCUAUAUCCUGACGAGAUCGCCGCUCCUGUUUACAUAGUAACUGUUUUGACUAUACAUCAAUGUCUCCUAAUAAAGACUAGCAAGUAAACGAUAGACUUUGCUACAGACAGACAAGCCUAAUCCACCAUUUCACUUCG